AUGAUAAAAGAGGUCGUAGUGCAAUAAUCACUUAGAUUCACUUAUUUCUUAAUUGGAACAAUAGCAUUUUCAUAAGGUAUUAUAAUUAUGGAUUUCACAAGGGAUAAUGGGUUUAUCUGAUCUAGCAAUUAGUUAUAUGCAAAAAGAUGAUUAUAAAUAAGAUCCUGCAUAAACUUAAUUCUUUUCAACAAUCAUCAGUUUGCCAUGGAUUGUCAAGCCUUUUUGGGGUAUAAUGACUGACACAGUGCCUCUGUUUGGAUAUAGAAGAAAAUCUUAUUUAAUAUUUUUUGGGUUGUUAGGAUUUAUGUGUUGGAAUUUGUUAUCAGAUUAUGGAGUAGAAAAUAGAGAAGUUGGAUUAAUUUUAUUGACUGUGAUUAAUAUAUGUGUUGCAUUUUGCAAUGUAAUAGGUGAAGCAUUAUUGGUUGAAUUCUCAGGACAUUCAGAUGAUGAUACACAUUAAAAUGAUAAAGCCAGUUAAAAUGUGACAUUUUUCUUUGGAAUGAGAUCAGCUGGAACACUGGUAACAGCUUAUUCAUCUGGCAUGUUAUUAGAAUUAUUUGACAAAAGAUAUAUUUUUAAAAUUACUUCAAUUUUCCCUUUGACUUUAGCUUUUAUAGCAGUAUUUGUAAAAGAGAAGAAAUAUUCAAAAGAUGAACCUGAAAAAGAAAAAAUUAAAACAAUCGAAUCACUACAACUAUUUACAAAAUUUGUUUCUUAACCAGUCAUAUAUAGGUAAUUAAAAUAAAAAUAAUUAGACCAAUUUUAUUAAUUAUGGUAUUCAUGUCAUCUCCAUCUAUUUCUACAGCAAUGUUCUAUUUUUAUACAAAUGUUUUAUAAUUUGGUCCAGACUUUAUUGGAGAAUUAAGACUCUCCUAUUCUAUUUGUUCGAUUUUAAGUGCUUACUUAUUUAAUCGAUUUUUAAGACAUGUCAAAUUUACUAAAGUUUUUGGUUAUAGCACUUUUGUAUACUGUUUAGUUUCAUGUUAAACAACUUUGCUCGUCACAAGAAAAAAUGUUAAAUUAGGAAUUCCUGAUCGAGUAUUUUGUUUUGGAGAUGGUGUUUUAAACUAAGUUAUUGGAGAAUUAAAUACUAUGCCAGUUUUAGUAUUAGCUUGUAAAAUGUGUCCUAAGAAUAUUGAAGGAACGAUGUAUGCUUUAUUAAUGUCAGCCAUUAAUUUUGGAGGAAUGGUUUCUCAAGAAUUAGGAGCAUUACUGACUUAUUAUGCUGGUGUAACAGAUGAUAAUUUUGAUAACUUAGCAAAGUUGAUAGUUAUUUGCUCAUUUUGCACAAUGCUUCCACUACCAUUUUUAGGAAUUAUUAAUGAAGAUCAAAUGGCUAAAGCUAGAGAAAAGCAUUUGUAUGAAUCUUUACCAAAAUAAGAAGAAGAAAUUAAUGUUGAAUAAGAGGUAGAAGAGAUUACUGAUACUAAAGGUCUAAACUAAUAAAAUGAGCAAUUAUUAAUUUGA